GAAGCAGAGUGGAUGAAGGGUCAGAUGUGGAGUCAGAACCUGACCUCCCCCUGAAGAGAAAACAGCGCCGCAGUCGGACCACCUUCACAGCAGAACAACUAGAGGAGCUGGAGAAGGCUUUUGAAAGAACACACUACCCUGAUAUCUACACCCGAGAAGAGCUAGCCCAACGGACCAGACUAAGUGAGGCCCGGGUCCAGGUAUGGUUCAGUAAUCGAAGAGCCAGAUGGAGAAAACAAGCAGGAGCCAGUCAGCUCACAGCACUAAACCACAUUCUGCCAAGUGAAUUUCCUUCCACAGGGGUGCCAACAUUUUCUAAGUACCAACUUUCAGAGAUGAACUACCAGACUUUGUCUCAAGAGAACGGGGGCGCAGUUCAUCGUCCACAACCACUACCUCCAUCUACAAUCCACCCGAGUCCUGACAGCAAUUCUGCCUACAGUCUCUCCUCAAACCGUCACGGAUUCUCCACCUACUCUGAUGCCUUCAUAAGCUCUGGUGCACUAACCAAUCCCUUCAACCCUGUAAGCGGCAGACCCUCCUCACAGCCGCCACAUGACUUCUUCAUGCCCCCAUUCCCAAACACCGUGGAUUCCCCUCUGCCCAACAGUAUCUCAUCCAGCUGCAGCAAACAUUCGACACAGAUUUCAGUCAAACCUCUGGAUAGAAGUCCUUCAUCUGAGUCUUACUGCAGCGCCACAUACAACAGCAGCGUGGAGCCCACUGCUGGUUACCAGUUCAACCAGUAUGGUUCCACUGCUGUGGACUACUUGACAAAGAACAUCAGCCUCUCCAACCAGCAUAAGAUGAAGCUGCCUGAUCACUCAACUGUACUAGGACUCCUGCAAGUGGAGACUGGUCAGGCUUACUAAAGUUUUAAAGAUGCAGGUACCACCAGGACAAACCAGACCUCCGGCAACAACACAUUUAUAAGUGCUGCAGCUGAUGUUGAACUCUGAUAAAGGUUCCAUAUUUUUCACUUGUCUUCAGAAUGUGUGUCAAACAAUCUGAUUUUAGUUCUGUGUUGCUGUAGUGCCUGUAGUUUAAACAGAGAUCAGAAUCAAAAUCAGUUUUAUUGCCGUUGUCAGUGAACAUUCACAGACUAGGAACUUGCAGUUAGGAACACCCAUUCUUUUUACACACACAUAAACAUGGGGAGAGCGGAAGAUCAGGUCUUGCGCCACAUGGCCGCGCUACCUUUUGCAGCUUGGAAAUACACAAUGAGAUAGAUAAGUUAAAAAAAAGAUGCUCGAUGUUUACUCAUAAACACAGAAUCAUACGCACAAAAAAAAAAAAAAAAAACGACACGCGAGAGCAAGACAGCUAAGGAUGGGAGGGGGCUGGUGAUCAAACACAUGGUACGGGGCCAGGAGUUAGUUGAGCUGGUGACAUUUUAAUACUAAAUGCUGGAACCAAUCCAAGGCCUGGACCCGCCAGAGUCCAGAGAAAGAUGCGUUCACACCGAACGCGAUUUCAGCGUCAGGAGCAGCAGGUUUACAUACAAAGUCUAUGAUGGACGCGCUUCAA